CGUUAGAGGGGUCAGGAGGACCAUAUGAGAAGGGGGGUGAGUUCUGUUCAUCUCGAAGCUCAAGGCCACUCAGUCCAAUGGCGGGCCAUGUUAGACGCAGCCAGUGAUGCAGAAAAACCACAUCUGCAAGCACUCCUGGAUAAUGCCAUCAAGAAGGAACAAGAGGCAGAGAAGGAGAGGAAAGAGACAUUAUUGAAGAGUCAAGUGGCCAUCUUGGAAACUGUUCCCUCACUGACGAAAGAGCAAUGUGGGGAACAACUGCAAAGUAUACUCGCCGCCCUUGUUCAAGUCCGGAAUAUUGAAGAUCAUAACACUCAGAUUGCGGACGUCUUCGCAAAAUUGCGAAAACUUCACGACGACCUGACUGAUAUGACCCUCAAGUACCAAGAGUUGACGCAAGAGGUGGCUGAGCUGCGACAGGCCCAAGUGGCCAAUCCUCUCCCUCUACCCCCUGGGUCCGAGGCUGCGAUGGAGACUACUUCUGCCUCUCUCACCGUAUCUCCUUCCUUGAAUGUGUUGACAACCCCCUCGGGACCUGCAACAGGUGCAGAUUCCGCUGUUGCUGUGACCAGCGACGAGGCCGGGAAUUCUGCAACUGCUGCAGCCCCAAGGUUGGAAUCAGUAGGUGCUGGUCCCAGCUACGCCGGUCCCUAUGUGGAUCGAAAGGCGGUACAAAUGUCGUCUAAGUACGACGGCAAGGAAGACAUCGAGUCCUGGAUCGGCUCCAUGAGGGCCUACUUUGAGAUUCUGGGGACUCAACCUGAGACCCAGGCGGUGAUUAUGGGAAUGAAUGUCGAGUCGGUCAUACAGGGCUUCCUAGAAGUCCAAGCGAUGCGGGCUAGGUUCCAAAAGACUGCACUAGCCAAAUGGCUUAGGACCACCCCAGUUGCCUCCCUCGAGGAUCUCCUUAUCUCACAAUAUCAGGAUCCACAUGCUGCGGCUAGGGCAAGAAUCCAACUUGACAAAGUCAAACGCAACAAGUGGACGGGCUCCAUGAAAAGCCUGUAGACCUAUCUGAGCAAGAUGUUUGCUACACCUGGAUAGGAAUUGACUGCUUAGUCUUGCUUAGAUGUGGUUAAGGGCGUGGUUCCAACUAACUUCACUAAUCGCCUGGGCAGGGACUACAUUGCAUACACUGACUGGCUCACCCUAAUGAAGAACAUAGUCAGUU